GCCCCGCCCCGCGCGGUGCCGAAGUCGAUCCGCUCCAAGACGGAGUCGCUCGAGAAGCUCUCCGAAAAGGGGCCCGCCUUGGCUGCAGCAGCUGUCGCGGUUGGUGCCAAUGCCGAGGGUGCCGACGCGGACGGCGAUGGCGCUUCUUCGGACGAUGAGAUAGCUGCGCCGAGGAACGUGGAGAUGGCGGUCCCUGUCCGCACUCAGAAGCCGUACCUGUGCGAGCUGCUGCGGUUCGCUGGCAGCGCGCGCGAUAGGCAGCUCGCCGUCGCCGAGCCCAAGGGGGGAGCUGGACGGUCCAGGAAUCCUGCGCCGCUGUCAGAGCGGUGCGCCAUCGGCGUGCUGGCCAUAGGCCUUGGCGAGACGAUCGGGGUGAGCUGCUGCCU